ACAGUAAAUCCGGAUGGUUUACAAGUCGGUUGUAGGCGGAUUUAAGCUCGUGACCGUGGCGUGUGUGAGACGCUGAUCUGAGCUCAGAGGGUUUAUUACAGAGACAGUAAACUUCUGUGUGAGGUUUAAGUCUGGUUCAGUCUGUAGUGUGUCAGCUGGAAUGUCGAGCAGGAAACCAACACACAGGUGGAUGGGUGAGCUGUCAGUCUGAGAGAGAGAGUUAAAGGUUUCCUCAGAAUAGAGACGUCUCUGGUUCCUUUAGAAGAUCGCGGUACACGUCAUGUCGAACUCGGGUGUAAACGAGAACACUCCUCUGUUGGAGAGCUCGGGGAGUUUUUACAGGUCGGAGUCGGUUUUCCGAGGGCGGCGUCUGGCCUGCGCCGCCAUCCUGCUGGCCGAGUCUCUGGAGCGUGUGGCUUUUUACGGCAUCACCUCCAACCUGGUGCUGUUCCUGAACGGCAGCCCGUUCUACUGGGAGGGCACGUUAGCCAGCCAGGCGCCGCUCAUCUUCAUGGGUGUGACUUAUCUGGUGUCUCCGUUCGGCGGCUGGUUGGCAGACGCCUGCCUCGGAAAAUUUUGCACCAUCGCAGGGAGUUUUGUUUUGUAUUUACUGGGGAUGCUGCUCUUCCCCUUCGUGUCCAGUGACAACACCCGGGUGGGGCUGUGUGGAGAGGAGAUGGCGUUUCCUGUCCAGCCGGUCGAGUGUUAUAACACGAACGUGUCACUUCCUGCCAACAUCAGCUGUCCGACCCGGAAGGCCUACUGCAGUCCUGUAAUCUACACGGGCCUGGUGCUGGUGGCUCUGGGAGUCGGAGCGGUGAAGUCCAACAUCACACCGUUCGGAGCAGAUCAGGUGAAGGAUCGCGGUCCCGAAGCGACGAGACGUUUCUUUAACUGGUUUUACUGGUGCAUUAAUCUGGGUGCGAUCGUGUCCCUGGGUGGUGUCGCCUACAUCCAGCAGAAUAUCAGCUUCUCUUUGGGUUUCUCCAUCCCCGCCGGCUGUCUGGGAGUCUCACUGAUCAUCUUCCUCCUGGGACGCACCGUCUUCAUCACCAAACCACCAGACGGCAGCGCGUUCACACACUUGGUGAAAAUCCUGGGAUCAGCCUGCUGUGGAGGACCUGCAGAACCUCAACUGCUCAGGCCAAAGCCGAGUCUGCUGGACGGAGCGAAGCUGACGUAUGGAGGGAGAUUCUCUGAAGAGAAAGUAGACGAAGUGAAAUCACUGCUGAAAAUCCUGCCUGUGUUUCUGGCUCUCAUCCCUUACUGGACCGUCUACUUCCAGAUGCAGACGACAUAUUACCUGCAGAGCCUCCACCUGCUCAUCCCCGGCACUGAGGCCCAGAACUCCACAGAGCUGCAGCAGACACACUUCACAUUGCCUGCUGCCUGGUUGACGAUGGUGGACGCCGUGUUGAUCCUGAUCCUGAUUCCUCUGAAGGAUAAAGUUGUUGAUCCGAUGCUGAAGCGCAGAGGCCUGCUGCCGUCCUCACUGAAGAGGAUCGCCGUCGGAAUGUUCUUCGUCAUGUGCUCUGCCAUCGCCGCUGGUAUUUUGGAGACAAAGAGGUUGGAGAUCGUUCACACUCAGGAGCCGAUCAGUCAGGAACUCGGUGGAGUGACGUAUUACGCUGCCAACCUGCCCAUAUGGUGGCAAAUCCCUCAGUACGUCCUCAUCGGCAUCAGUGAGAUCUUCGCCAGUAUCGCAGGGUUGGAGUUUGCGUACUCGGCGGCUCCUCGCUCCAUGCAGAGUGCUAUAAUGGGUCUGUUCUUCUUCUUCUCUGGUAUCGGCUCGUUCGUGGGCUCCGGGCUGCUCGCCAUCGUCGCUCUCAAACCCAUUGGAUGGAUGUCUUCACACCAGGAUUUUGGAAACAUCAACAACUGCUCACUGAAUUAUUAUUUCUUCCUCCUGGCUGGGAUUCAGGGCAUCACACUCCUCGUCUUCCUCAUCGUCUCGGUCAAAUAUGAUAGGCAGAAAUCCAAAGUGAACCACAGGUCCUCGUUCAACUCCUGACACCCCCCCCCCACACACACACACACCCCCACACACACCCACAAACCCAUCCACACACACACACACACACACACACACACACUGCGGAUUUCCCAGCAUGCCUUAGCAGAACCCUGUCACACUACCCACCUGCAGUUAUUUAUAUAUUUAACGUUCGGAUCUUCAGUCGUUCAGUAAAGAGAAUCACGUCCAACUGACUGGAGAUCAGAUUUAUAAUGUAUGAGUUUGGGGCUUCUGUGUUUCCUCUGUUUAACAUCAACAGAGUAACAGAUCCUGGGGCAGUCUCAGGACCGGAGAGCCGUAAUGUGUCCUGCGCCUCAGCAGCAGAGCUACAAAUCAAAGCCCGUCUUUCUGCUUCAGACGCUAAAUAUUCUCAUUUAAAUAAAAAAAAAAAAAAAAAACUCUUUAAAAUAGCAAACAAAAAAAAAACAAACAAAAAUCCGCAUCACUUUGUAGAAACCGAAAUGAAAAAUUUCUGAUGAUGAUGAAGGUGAACGUUCCUUCGUCAGUUUGUAAACUGCUCACUGCUCUGUAAACAAAGAUGGCCGCCUUUUAUAGCUACGUUCGCUCCGGUGUUAAAUUAACGAAGGACGUUUCAGACUUUUUUUUUAAAUGUCUCUUGCCAGUCUGUUUGUGUCCGGUGUUAAUCUGGACAUCUGAUUUUUAUUAUUUUUGAAUAUAAAUAUAUAAAAUAAACCGUGUGUAAGAUUUAGCACUUAUCCACAUGACCAUGGGAGGAUGAGGUGUGAAAGCGUGUGUGACGUUACACAGUAGUGUGUCUUCAGUACUGCACUAGUUCAGCACUCAGCACUCAGCACUCAGCACUGCACCUGAUUGGCUCCUCCGGGCCGUGUGUUAGCGAGGAUUCAGCGUGUUCCUCUGGACAAAUCACUGACUGACUGUUGACACUUUUGUCUUUGACCUAUUUCGUGUUUGCACUUUUUUAUGGUGGUGUUUUUAAGGCAUUUGGAGUUGAUGUUAAGAAUGUUUUUGUUUUCUUUAUUUCCUCUGUGUGACUGACGUCUCGCUUCUCUCAACAUCCUGCUGCAGAAAUAAACCAUGUAUUUCUCAA